AUGUCUCUUUCCGAUUCCGAUCUUUCGUCGCUGUCAUCGGCGCCUCCUUCAGAUGAGGAGCCUGCCUCCAUGGCUGUCGACGAGCCUGUCGGUAUCACCAAGUACUUCAAGAAGAAGGAAUCCGAGUCGCCGCCGCCGAAACGAGCUCCCUCACCACCCCAUGAAUAUGUUUUGGCGGACAAUCCAGACAUUGCAUUCAUUGUAAUGUUCCGCGCGCGUUUCCACGAAGUGUUCCCGCGAUCGACGCCACACUACGGACCCCAAGACAUCGAGAGAGGUGUCUCGGAGCUCCCACCGGGUGACCAUAUCGAGAGAUUAUUGCGAAACCACUACACACGUCCACUGGAAGAGGCGAUUCAGACGCACGUUUCGCAAUGGCCCAAGGCUUGGCAAGGGAAGAAUCCCCUCCAUGGGGGUGGAUCGUUCGCGGGAAUGACCCCCGAACAACGCUUGGUACUACUUAAGUCGCUCAUUCUCUGGUCCUUGUCGUCCUCCGAAGCCGUCCAAGCGAAGAUCAAAGAAUCCUACAAGCAAGCCCGUCACGAAGAUGAUCUGAACCAACCGCUUUCGGUCCAGCCUUGGGGCCGCGACGGAUUGAAGCGCCGGUACUGGUUGAUUGAAGGACUGGACGACACCCACUUCAGACUGUACCGGGAGAGCAAUCCAGCGUUGAAGAAUGUCACCUGGUGGAGCGUGGCGGGCACAAUUCCUGAACUGACAGCUAUUGCGGAGAAGCUCGAGCAGGAGCGAAGCACGAAUUCGAAGAAAUUGAGCGAGAAGAUCAGACUCUCCAUCCCUCGAUUUGAGGGCUCGGAGGAGAAACGUAAACGCCGCGAUUAUCGCAUCGCCCGAAAGGCUCAGUUCGCUCGACCGGAACCUGGAUUCUCCCUGUAUGAGGGUCGCACUCGCGGCAAGAAGUUGAAGUAUACGUACUCGGACGAUGAGGACAUCUUCUCGGAUGGCCUCCCGGCGACCCGACGAUCGACACGCAACACAUCCGGUGUCUCUACGCCUACUGAGCCCGCAGGCCCGAGGUUCACAGCUAGCGGAAGACAGAUCCGCUCGCGUGCGGGGGGCUUAUACGGUGAGACCUUGCUGAGUGGACAGCGAGAUGAGGAAGAGGAGGGCAGACCCCAGCGAACUCGGACUACUCGAGCCAACGGAUACGCCUAUGAGAUGGAUUAUGAAAUGGACGAGGGCUCUGAUGGUGGCGAAUCGAGCGGUAACGAGUGGCAGGGCGGCGAGGAGGAAGACGAGAACGAGUUUGAAGGCGACGACGAAGAGGAAGUGAGCGGCGACGAGUCAGUCGUCAAUGCAGAAAACAGAAGCCUGGUGGUGCAGCUCCGAUACAACAAAGACAAGAUGCCGAGCGGCGAGAGUGCUCUUGAUGAGCAGCCAACUCCGCAGAAUGGCGAAAGCAAAGCGGAAAUCGUCCAAACCGAAGCCGCAGGCCCGUUACCGCCAGCCCAGCCACAGCUGCCGGCAGUCAAUGGGCUGCCAGUCACAGCUCAGGAGCCUCCGCCAGCGCUGGAUACGAAACCACUUGCUGAGGUAUCCAGCGAGGCUCCCGUGGAGCAGAAAGCCGGUCCCGCAGAGAAUGGGACUGGAGGCCCACGGCAGGGAGGCAAUGGAGCCGCCCCUCAGACUAUCAUGACCUCUACGACGGAGCUUCCCAGCCAUCCGGCGGCUGCUGCGUCUGGUCCCAACGAGACUGCCUAG